AUGGCCUACAUCCUCCUGGCUCACCUAUCCCAACCAGAGGUGACAACCAGUGACAUCACAAAAUUGUCCCCAAUUCUGCGUCAGUUCAACCAAAGGUGCAACUCCUUUGGGGGUUUUUAUUCCACUCAGGACACUGUUGUUGGCUUCCAAGCCCUGAUUAAAUAUGCAGGCCUGACUUACUGGAAGGCAGGGCACACAAAGGUGAUGGUGAGAUCUGAAGAGGCCCUCCUGCUGGAGUUUCAUGUGGAUGGGAAGAACCAGCUGGUGCUACAGCAAGCACCUCUCCUUGGCAUCCCAGGGGUGUACACAGUGCAGGAGGCUGGGAGUGGCUGUGUGUAUGUGCAGGUUACGAAACGCCUGGACACAGGAGGAGAGGUGGAUGUCGUAUACUUAGACUUCAGGAAGGCCUUCGAUACGACAACUCUGAGCUACAAUGUCCCACCCCAUAAGAGUGAGGCGGUCUUUGUCCUGCACGUGGAGACAGCCCCAGUGGAGUGCAAUGAUGCAGCUAGGAAGCACUUCGACCUCCAUGUGGCAGUCAGCUACACUGGGAACCGCAGGAGCAGCAACAUGGCCCUGAUAGAAGUGAAGAUGCUGUCAGGCUUCAUCCCCGUGAAGAGCUCUGUGAAAGCAUUGCAAAAGAUACCCAUAGUGAAGAGGACCGAGGUUGACCCAGAGAAGGUCACCAUCUACUUGGAGGAGCUGGAUAAGACUCUGCAAAACUUCACUUUCUCAGUGGAACAAGAGAUUGAAGUGCAACAUCUGAAACCGGCAACAGUGCAUGUCUAUGACUACUACCAGCCAGAUGAUCAUGCCACUGCAGAAUACAAUGCCCCCUGCAGCUCAGAGAUCAAGAAAGAGGAUUCCCACUAGAACUUCUUAGCUGUAGAACCUGAAUUCACACUGCAAAUGUGGAAGAACAUCACAACUACUGUGGCUUUUCUGUCAAGCACCACUCAUUUCUGGUUCCUUUAGCUUUCUCUUCUUCCUUCAACCCAUGUCUGUCUCUUCCGUGGGAAACCCAGGUAGACCUGAAGAUACUUGACAGGUCAGGGGCCUAGGAAAGGGAUGGAAAGGCCACUGGAUUUCAGACCCAGGUGGAAUUCAGUGGCUGAAGCAGCAAGAGAAAAAUAGAAGGAAAAAGAGAUGGAGAAACAUGGUCCCCCUGAGGUGCCUUGGGAGUUCUAUGGUCUCUUCCUUGCCUUGGUUUUGUUCUUUGACUGGGAUUUCUUUAAGAAUCAAGGGAAGGCUUUCAGCUUUGCAGAGCUCAGAUUUCGGUCCCAGCUACCUCAGAACAAAGUGGAUGUUGAGCUCCAGGCUUUGGUUUCCAUUCUUACUUGAUGAAAAAUAAAACAACUAUACUAGA